AAAAAAAAAAGAAAAAGACGGAGAACGCGAACCUGUGCUCUUUCCUGCACAUAAGAUCUACAUCUGCUUUCUAAAUCACCGUUAAUACUUGAUAGAAGUCUACACUUUUAUGUCUCCUACGUUUUCUUUAACUUCAGGAUCGGUUUUUCUUUUAAAAAAGGUGGAAGUCGUGGGGAAAGACUGUGGACAUUGUGCCUCCUUUUUCCUCCCUGCUGUCCUGCCUUCCUGUCUACAGCAGGUCUUUCAAACCUCUGCUGUCUUCCAAGGGUGACCCAUCCCACCCCCAACACGUUACAACCUCGCCGCACCUUUUGACUUCAGAUCUGCCAUCAUGACCUCGCAUGCCACACCCACCCAGGGGACACCAGAUGCUGCUGAUUCCACAGCACCAAAUGAGUCUCUGACGAAUCCGGGCUGCAAACAGAGAGAGCGUUCACUGUCCCCCACGAAAGGCUUCUUGAUCCCCAGCCCGCUGCCUACACGAAGAACCAGGACCUGCUCAGCCACUGCUCGUGCAGCACAGGGUCCCGUCUUUACUGGUGUGUGUAAAUGUUUUUGCCGCUCCAAAGGACAUGGCUUCAUCACACCAUCCGAUGGGGGCAGCGCCAUCUUCGUCCACAUCUCAGAUAUUGAGGGCGAGUAUGUGCCAGUAGAAGGGGAUGAGGUGAGCUACAAGUUGUGUUCGAUCCCUCCUAAAAACGAGAAGGUCCAGGCUGUGGAGGUGAAAAUAACCCACCUGAAUCCAGGAUCCAAACAUGAGACGUGGUCUGGACACACCAUCAGCAGCUGAGUGGUGCCCCUGCGAUCACGUCCUGGAGGGGAUACUGAGGACGGGCGGGCGGGCAGGGGGUAAAGGGGAAAAAGUGUGGAUUGUUAAGGGGUCCAGUGGGAAGAGGGGAUGAAACCAGUUUGCCUUUUUUGCCGAUUCCUGCUGUUGUUUUUUUUUUUUUACACUGAAGCAGCCAUGAUGCUUCAAAGGACAUGUGUCCUUUCAGUGUCUCUAAUUAACUGAAAGGAUUAGAUCAGAGAACAAGUAACACGCUAGUACUGUAUUUUUAUCCUGUCAGCCUUUACCACACUAAAUCAUAAACCAUUUUGGAAAAUGCAGUUCUAGUUCAACAGGCAAUGGAAGGAUUGUGGAUUACCAUUAAAAAAAAUGCUCAUUGUGUUUGAAUUUCUAAUAUUAGAUGCCUCUGCAUAGAUUUUUAAAUGUCGAAAUAUGAUUGAUUGUAUGAGGAUUAGAGUUGUUUCUUUGAUCAAACUCAUGUCCACUCAAUUCCAAAGUUCUCUGGGAACCCUUAUGGUGAAAUGUUUCUAUAAAUCCAGAUGGUGGCUGCCCAGAAACGUAUUAAUGUUUGGUGCAGUCUCAUUUAAAAAAACAAAAGUCACCCUUCUCUGUUGUCAGAAGAAUCAAAGUGCUGCUGUUGUGUGUCGCAUGUCCAGUGCAGCUGUGGUCACAUUUUCCACUGUUUGUGGGCGCGUGCAUGCAGUGUUACCUUUUUAGCAUCCAGGUGUUUAUUUUUCCUGCUAUAUACUCUGUGCUUCAUGUGUGCCUACUUCUUAAAACCUGUCCUCUGUAUAUCAAGUAGGAGUGAAUUAAAGCGUUUGCAGUUGUAUCUCAUAA